UCAAAAGCAACUGUUUGGCAAGUUUCGGUUUUUAUAAUGAACUUUCUUCGCUAGAAAAAUGGCAACACAACAAAACAAGGCAAAUUUAGGCCCUAACGUAAAGAUUGCAGCUGGUGCUCUAGUCUGUGAUGGCUGUGAAUUAAUAGGAGAUAUAACCAUUGGAUCAAGAACAGUUAUUCACCCCAAAGCUAAAAUCAUAGCUGAUGCAGGUCCAAUAAUAAUUGGAGAGUUCAAUAUAAUUGAAGAGCUUGUUACAAUAGCCAACAAGUCAUCCACAGAUGCAAACAGUGGCAAAGUUCUCAUCAUUGGCAACAACAACGUAUUUGAAGUAGGAGCACAUGUUGAGGCUGUAAGAAUAGGAGAUCACAAUGUCUUUGAAAGUAAAUCCAAAGUUGGAGCUAAGGUUGAGGUCUCCAAUGGUUGUAUUAUUGGCUGUGGGUGUGUGCUUGGCAUGAGUGAAGCGUUACCUGAUAAUACAGUCGUCUAUGGAGCCAAGUGUGAACGAAGAAUACAGAAAGAAAGACCAGCGGCACAAACACUUCAGAUAGAUUUCCUGACCAAGAUUUUACCAAACUAUCAUUAUUUAGUGAAGCCAAAUAUACAGCCAAGGUCCUCGCCUGCCCCAACCAAAAAAUAGUUUUAAUUUUUCUAACAAAUUUCUUGCACUUUGAAAUUGUAUAUUUUGUAGUGUUCUUGGGAAGAGGUGCAAUUUUAUGUAUUUAGUAUUUGUUUAGUGUCAUUUCUUAAUAUUCCUUAAUUAUUAUAAAGCUUAAUAAAUCAAUGAUCUAAAACGUUUUAUUUGCAAUUACAGCUUCAUAUUUCUAAUUUAUUGUUUUUUUAAGUCAGAUACCAGAUUUAGUUAUUCUGAUACUUAUUUAUAUUACUGAAAGUUUCUAAGACAGAAUGAGUUUUAAUAAAAAUAGUGUCUCUACAUUUAUUAUUUUAGCUUAUCUCUAAAGAACUUAUUCUUAAAAGAUGGUAGAAAUACAUGUUAUGGGAAUAUCCACAAACAAUUUAUUGCUUUUAUCAAUGGCCUCAUUAUUGACUUGUAGAUGGGUGAAUGCCUCCAUUGUAUACUUUGGUUUGUAUGGACUGAUGUCUGUCUUUUGUUUAAUUGUGAACAAGUGUACAGGAAUUUUUUAGAAAUCACACUCUUUCGAUUUCAUUAACAGAUGUCAUAUCCUGAGAUAUGACAUAAAAAGCUUGCAUAAGUAUAAUUUUCUGUCUACAAUAGCUGUAAAUUUAAUUGAAUCGUGUAGACAUUGCUUUUAUGUUAUAUCUUUGUCUCUAAAUCCUGAUUGUACAUUAUUAUUGUAAAAAUAGCCUUUUUAAUUUAUGUUAGCUUUCAUGUAUUUUAUUUGUUCAGACUUUUUUUUUCUGAUUUGUAAAUUUAUUCAAGUUAGUUUUUUUUAUAGUGAAAACAUUAAUCUUCUUUAUAGAAUAAAAGAUUUAUUGCACAAUACAAGAUAACUUGGUUGUAUAUAAAUACAGAAAUGUUUGGGAAUUCUUUUGCUUUUUAAAAACUGUAACAAUAAUAAGCAUUAUUUCAAUAUAAAAU